UCUGUGGCUCGAAGGCACCGGGGGAAGCAGCACGCCGCGGCCACUUCACCGGAGUAGUAAAGGGCGAUUUCCAGGGGGGCUCCUCCAACAAAAAACACAGUGCACGUCCGCCAGCGACGAGCGAACUAUCUCUCCCUCCCUUCGGCGUGAAAAGAGCAAAAGAGAAAAGACGCCGAAAACAUGAAUAAGCUGUACAUUGGCAACGUGAGCGCAGAAGCCACCGAGGAGGACUUGGAAAGUGUCUUCGAGCAGUGGAAGAUUCCGCACAGUGGUCCGUUCCUCGUCAAAACCGGCUAUGCGUUUGUGGACUGCCCGGACGAGAAGGCUGCGAUGAAGGCCAUCGAUGUUCUUUCAGGUAAAGUUGAACUUCAUGGGAAACUUCUGGAAGUUGAACACUCGGUCCCUAAACGUCAAAGGAGCUGUAAACUGCAGAUCAGGAACAUCCCGCCUCACAUGCAGUGGGAGGUUUUGGAUGGUAUGCUUGCUCAGUAUGGUGCAGUCGACAGCUGUGAACAAGUCAACACUGACACAGAGACUGCAGUCGUCAAUGUUCGAUACGCAGCCAAGGACCAGGCCAGGCUGGCGAUGGAGAAGCUGAAUGGAUCUAUGAUGGAGAACUAUGCCUUGAAAGUGUCCUAUAUCCCAGAUGAGACGGCAGCACAGGAGGGUCCUUCACCGGGCGGCAGGAGAGGCUUUAACUCGCGGGGACCCCCUCGCUCAGGCUCUCCAGGCCUGGGCGCGCGGCCCAAAGUGCAGUCAGACAUCCCACUGCGCAUGCUGGUUCCAACGCAGUUUGUAGGCGCGAUCAUCGGCAAGGAGGGCGCCACUAUUCGCAACAUCACCAAACAGACCCACUCAAAGAUUGACAUCCACAGGAAAGAGAAUGCAGGCGCGGCAGAGAAGCCCAUCACGAUCCACUCCACCCCGGAGGGAUGCUCGAACGCCUGCAGAACCAUCAUGGAAAUCAUGCAGAAGGAAGCCAUCGACACAAAAUUCACUGAGGAGAUUCCACUGAAGAUCCUUGCACACAACAACUUUGUAGGAAGACUAAUCGGGAAAGAGGGACGCAAUUUGAAAAAAAUCGAGGAGGAAACAGGGACCAAGAUCACAAUCUCACCUCUCCAGGACCUGACCCUGUACAACCCAGAGCGGACCAUCACAGUCAAGGGCACCAUAGAAGCUUGUUCAAGAGCUGAAGAGGAGGUGAUGAAGAAGGUCGGGGAAUCUUACGACAGCGACAUGGCUGCUAUGAACCUCCAGUCCAACCUGAUUCCAGGCUUGAAUCUGAAUGCUUUGGGUCUGUUCCCCAGCGGAGCACCAGGCAUGGGUUCCAACAUGUCCAGUGCCCCCCCCCCCGGAGCCCACGGUGGAGGUUCGUCAUUUGGAUGCAGUCCUUAUGGUGGCGAGGGGCCGUUUUGGGCUUCUAUGCCGCCGGCGAGCAGCCAGCCCCUUGCUCAGGGACAUCCAGAGUCGGAGACGGUUCACCUGUUCAUCCCUGCGCUUGCAGUGGGAGCCAUCAUCGGAAAACAGGGUCAACACAUCAAACAGCUGUCACACUUUGCCGGGGCCUCAAUUAAGAUUGCCCCUGCUGAAGGAAUGGAUGCCAAACUGAGGAUGGUAAUCAUCAUCGGACCGCCAGAGGCUCAGUUUAAGGCUCAGUGUCGCAUCUUUGGAAAACUGAAGGAAGAGAAUUUCUUUGGACCUAAGGAGGAGGUGAAGCUGGAGGCUCACAUCAAGGUUCCCUCCUUUGCUGCUGGACGAGUCAUCGGGAAAGGCGGAAAAACUGUGAAUGACCUGCAGAACCUGACGUGUGCAGAGGUGGUGGUGCCCAGGGACCAGGAGCCUGACGAGAACGACCAGGUCAUCGUGAAGAUUAGCGGACACUUCUUUGCGUGCCAGCUGGCCCAGAGGAAGAUUCAAGAGAUUCUCGCCCAGGUGAGAAGGCAGCAGCAGCCCAAGCCCGCGCCCGGAGCCCAGCCUCCACCGUCCCGCAGGAAGUGAAGGUCCAGCGGAGCUGGAGGAAUGGUGACUGAAUCUGCCAGAAGACUCGACAGAUGGACAGAUGCAGCAGAGUCCAGGAAGAGAAGACAAGGGGUCGUCUUUGCUCAUCUCAGGGGUUCGAAGGUUAUCACCAACUGAAACAUCCCCCCCUACUUGUCUUUUACUUGACGUACUUUCGAGUGUGGUUCAUAAAGAGACUGUGCGCCUCUUUACCUCCACCCCACCUCGGCUCUCUGCAUCUCUGUGAGAAUGUACUUCUGAGGGCUCCCAACGUCGUCACCUGCCCUCACGUGUACGCACCCCUGACCGCUCUCCUACUCCCCCCACGGGUGUUUAAAAACAAAAACAAACAAAAAAAUUAUCUUUUUUUUUUUUUUAAAUUUUACACUAGAAACACAAAGAUGAAAUAAGGAUCCCCCUCCUAUCACCUCCUUGGUGUGGUACUUCAAACCUGACAAGCUGUUUUGGUUGACUUCAGAUUUAGUUGACACUUUUUUUUUUGAUAGCGUUUAAUUGGUUGAUGAAGCUUUCUCAUGAGUUUUCUGUGGAAAGGAAAAGGCAUUGCUAUCAAGGUCCCGGUCGGACCAACAGAGAGGUUUAUUUGGGGGGAGGGUUGGCUCAGAUGGGGUGGGCCAUGUUUAGGGGAAAGAUUCUUGUUUCAGGACAGGACCCCUGAAAGGGUGGAUUAUAUUGGGGCGUCCUGCCCUUGUAAUGAUAGUGGCAUUUUAUAAAUUCGGAUGCAUUUUAUAGAUAGACCUAUAUACAUAGAUGAAUAUAUAUUUAGAGGUGAGGGCAGCACCACGACUGACACUUAAGGAAACGGUGCCGAACUGCUGCUGCCCAGGAAAACCAAUUUAAUAUGCAUUUUACUUAACUACCUCAGGAUCUAGUACCUCAGAAGAGAAAAAAUGAUUAUAUAUAUAUGAAAAAUGUUCCUUUCUUUUUUUUAUUUUGCUUUUGUG